AAUAGAGGUCUCCCUCCUCCUCUCUUCCCCAUCCUCCCGCUAGCCAUCUCUUUCCAGUGCUGAGAAAGAUGAAGGCAUAUUCCUUCCUCUUCCUGUGUGUUGUGCUCCUUGGCCUCCUCCUCAACCAGGCUCCGACCACAAAGGCGGCGACGUGCAACCCUUCCGAGCUGAGCCCGUGCGCUGGCGCGAUCUUGCGCUCGUCGCCGCCGACCUCUGCUUGCUGUGCUAAGCUCAAGGCGCAGCAGCCCUGCUUCUGCCAGUAUACGAAGAAUCCAAGUCUGCGCGGCUACAUCAACUCCCCCAACAGCCGGAAAGUGGUUGCUGCCUGCGGUGUAUCGAUUCCUCGCUGUUGAUCUGGUCGAUCUUUCUCGCUAUCUCAGGAGAGUUGAAUGAGAGAGUGAGAGAGAGAGAACUUUAGCUAUGGUUGCAAACUAUAAGGUGAUGGAGUGGCUCUAGUGUCAGUGCCUGCCAUGUGUUGGUGGGUGCUGGUUUUUAAGUGUCGAAGGCCUCGCCUCCUCAUUGUCUGUUCCAUGUGAUGUUGGUGAGGAGGGCUUGCGCCUUGUCUCUAAUAUAGUAUGGACUAUCUUAAAUAAUAACAACUACUGGUGUUGUUCUUGAGAA